AUGUUGUACUUUGAGGAUUUCAUGGAAGCAAUUGAAAAUAUGCCAUCUGAGCUAAAUGAAAGCCUUACAAAUGUUAGACAGCUAGACCUACAAGCUCAAAAUAUUUUAGAUUCGCUAUCAGAAACCAUACAGACGUUUUUCGAAAACUGCAGGUUUGGUAAACUCUUAGAAUAUGAGAAAAGUACUCAGAUUCUUAAUAUUACUCGGGAAUAUGAGCGAGCACUUGUUCAUUGCAAGGACAAACGAGAAAUAGUGGAAAAUAUGUAUAACACAUACCGUAAAUUAGUGAGAAAAUUGGAUAUUGAGUUGGAAAAGUUCCGAAUUGAAUUAGAGGCUGAUAAUUCAGGAAUAACAGAACAAAUAGAAAAAAGAGUUCAGAAUGCACUGGGGAAAGCAAUAACAACAAAUUCGAAGGCAGAACGUAGAAGACAAAGACUGCGAUUUCAGCAAUCUAGUCAUUGCAAAAAUAACUUCUCAGUGAGAAGACGAUUGGUUGGGCCGGCUUUCAGAGCAGCACUUAAAUCUGCUUGCAUGAGACCCAUGCAAUCGGGGGGAGUGCCGUCUCUGGAAAAUACUAAGUUCUCACUAAAUGGUGACCAAACGUCUUUUAAUAACUCCAGUUUAAUCUCAACUUCUGGAUGUCAUGUUCAAGACACAGGAUCCUACAGAAAGAACCCUGUUCAUGCGGAUGGCCUAAGUCCUCUUAGAUCAAUUGACGAAAACUCAAUAUGUUUGGACCAUCAGUCCAGUGACAGUUCCUACGACAGAACCUUUGAAACGAUUAAUCCACAAACUGGAGGAGUUACAAAGUUCGAAGAGGAUACUGCAAGCGUUCACAAUGCAGGUGCUGGAUUUUCCACAAUUUUGAAAAACAAUUCGAGCUUGCUACCAGAUAUAUCGCUGGAUGCUAAGACUCAUACUGGAAUGCACGAUCGUAUUAUUAAAAGUACUAACUCUUCCAGUGGUCAUUUAUUUUACGACACAGCAGAACCUAACUUUACAGAUCGUGACAAGCUCAAUUUAACACCAAAGGCAGGUUCAAUUGAGAAUCAAGUGACAGACAACAUCAGUUCACCCGGAUGGCCCGGUUUAACACAAAGUUUUUCUAGUGUUCGGGAGAAACGCCGAUACUCGCGAAGAUUUGAUAGAAUAGGGCUAGCAUGUGACCUUGCAGUUGAUGAGUUCGGAAAGCUUGGUGAUUCACCUAAUUCUAGUGUCAAUGCAACGCUGGGGCAUGGAUUUGACGAUCAAACGUAUGAAUUUAGUGGAAAUCCGAAACCAGAAGAUACUACCGACCCACCAGAUGAUGAUGAAGAUUACAAGCGUUACUGUAUAUGCCGAGAUGUGAGUUAUGGUGACAUGAUAGCAUGCGACGCCCCAGACUGCCCCUUCGAAUGGUUUCACUACGCUUGCGUGAACCUAACCGUUGCACCAAAAGGUCGGUGGUUUUGUCCUACUUGCGCUAAAUCCUUACAUAAUAAGAAAAGCAUCAAAAAAGGUUCAUCUAGGAAAUAA